GAAAGUACGUUUCGUUUAAUUUAUUUCAUAAUUCUACGUAUAAUAUGAAAACUGGAGAUCAAAAAGCAUAUCAAUUAACAUCAUGUGUAAUAUAUAUGCAUUGCAGGGCAAGAGAGGGAGGAUGAUUAUGCGGACUUAGCCAAGGCUGUGCGAAGGGGUGAUUGGGAAACCACAAGAGCAUUCCUUGAUCUCCACCCAGCUGCAUCGACAGCAAAAAUUACAAUUACGGGUGGGACGGUUCUUCACGCUGCUGUUGAAGCUGAACAGGAAUAUAUAGUGGAGACGUUGGUCAAUAUGAUUUCAGAACAUGAUUUGGCAAUGCAAGAUUGUGACGGCGAUACAGCUCUACAUGAGGCAAUUACUAAUGGGAAUCACCGGAUGGCAGAGUGCCUGAUUACAAAGAACAAGAGCUUGGUUAGCGUUAGAAAUACUGACGGGUUACUUCCACUUACUCUGGCUAUGGCCAUUGGGCAUCAAAAAUUGGCUCGUUAUCUCUAUUCUCAAACUCCAUUUGAAGAUUUGAAGGCAGAACAAGGUCGCGAUGGUGCUAGACUUCUUAUCGGCUCUAUCUAUAAGAGAGAUUUAGGUAACAAAUAUUACUGUAUGUUUUUUCUUUAUCUUCUAACCAUUGAGUGGCCGGUGAUUAAUGGAUUAAUUAAUUGGAUACAUAUAUGUGUAUAUGUGAUGAUCAUGCAAGAUAUGGCUUUGGAUUUAAUGGAGCGUUGUCCUCGUUUGGCUUUUACCUUGAGUCGAGAAGGUAGAUCCCCUUUGCAGGCACUGGCUGUUUCGACUGAAGCAUUCGAGAGUGAAAAUCGACUGGUGUUUUGGAAACGAUGGAUCUAUCAUCACUGUAUACACAUUUCAUUAGAUCGUGCUGCCGAUCAAUUCCGAUUGAACAUUCAAAAUUAUCAAGAAAAAACUAUCAGAUCAGUGCGAGCUGAUCAUCUAUGGCUCCAACUAAGUCAUGAUCAUUUAUUAUUGUUUCAUCCAACUUAUAAAUUAACCCACGCGUAUGCAUUAAUGUUUUGUAAUUUCCAAAUUAAUUAUAUAGGAUUCAAGCAUUUAUAUGAAAUGAAGUUGGUACGAACUCAAUUCCAAGAACUUCUGUCUCGUAUGUGUGAAGCGAUACCAACUAUUACACGUCUAGACAAGCAAGAAGACAUUAUUGCGCCACUAAUCAAACUUGCUAUCAGUAGAGGGAACUUUGAAUUUGUUUGUCAGAUACUCAAAGCAAAUUCUAGUCUUCAGUGGAAAACAAGGAGCAUGUUCCGUUGGGCCGUUGUGCAUCGUCAACAUAGGAUUUUUAGCCUAGCAUACAACUUAAAAAAGAGGAAUUAUCUAAUACAUACACUAGAUAACUCCAAGAAUACCUUGUUGCAUCUGGCAGGGAUGUUACCAAAAUAUUCUCCUAUCGAUCACAUAAGAGGUGCAGCUUUGCAAAUGCAAAGAGAAGUUCAAUGGUUUAAGGAGGUGGAACGCAUUAGCCUUUUCUCUACUAAGGAAUAUUUAAACAAAAACGGUUUGACUCCCAACCAAUUGUUUAUGAAAGAACACCAAAAUUUGAGAAAAGAGGGAGAAAAAUGGAUGAAGGGUACUGCAACUUCUUGUACUGUGGUUGGUGCUCUCAUCGUUACCAUUAUGUUCACGGCAGCAUUUACCACUCCCGGUGGUAAUGACCAAGAUACAGGCUUGCCAAUCCUUGUGCAUGACAAACUAUUUAAACUCUUUAUAGUAACUGAUUCUCUGUCGCUAUUUUCUUCCACGACUUCGGUAUUAAUGUUUUUGGGAAUCCUCACAUCACGUUAUGCAGAAGAAGACUUUCUUAGAUCCUUGCCCAGAAAGAUGAUUAUAGGCCUUUCCGCUCUCUUCUUCUCUAUUGCAACCAUGAUGAUAGCAUUUUCUGCUGCUCUUUUACUUAUGUUACGUGGAAAAUAUUGGAUCGUCAUUCCUAUCAUUGGGUUGGCUGGUAUUCCAAUUAUUCUAUUUGUAUUGAUGCAAUCUCGCCUUCUUAUUGACAUGCUUGUUUCAACCUAUGGAUCAGGCAUCUUUGAUAGGAAAAUGAAGCUUUCGUUUUGAAUUUUUACCUUAAUUGUUGUAAUGUUGUAUUGAUAUAUGGCAAAGUAAGCAAAAUUUAUGACUAUUUUUUAUUGGGACAAAUAGCUUAACUUAUGUCGCAUAUUUUGUUAUUCCUAUUUUACACUGAUGUUCACCCAAUGUAAUUUUCUUGGUGUUUGAUUUUUUUUCUACACAAGAAUUAGGACGCAACUUCUUUGAUACAAUUAAAGACUCAAUAAAUAUUAUUAUAUCAGUUCUA